AUGGCAAAUGAUAGUGGAAUAAGUGUCAUUUCGAAAAUUGUGGAAUCCGAGCAGAAGAGUCAAAUACUACACGAUUCCAUUUUAAAUAAGAUGCCAUGUUAUGACAAAUAUGAAGAGAUAAAUAUUUUAUCUUCAGAAGAUGUAGAGUUGUUAAAAAAUUUUCAUGCAUUUAACAAAAAAGAAAAAUUCAAUUAUUUUAAGGAAAAUAAUGCAAUUGUAACAGUAUUAUUCAAUUGUUUACAAACAGAUUUUAACAUUCAUUUAAUUCAAUAUGUUUUAACAAUAUUUUAUGAAGUUAUAAGAAAUGAUGGAAGUUCUUAUAGCUACAUAUUAAGCACAUUAAAUGACAAAAUAUUAUAUUCUUACUUAAUGAAAUUGUGUACACAUAAUGAUACGUAUAUAGCGGACAAAAGUUCAUUCCUUUUGUCAGGGAGUUUUUGUUAUAAUAAUAAUAAUAAUUAUUUUACAGAUAUAGAAAUAAAAGAUUUUAUUUUAAAAAUUGAUUUUUUUAAUGUAUCGGAAGAAGGGAAAAUGGAUAUAUACAUAAACAUAUUAAAAAUAGAUGAUUACAGAAAAGAUAUAUAUGAGUUAGAGCAAUUUCUAAUAAUAAUUAAUAAAAAUUUAGACUUAAAUAAUAAUAAUUCGAAUAAACAGUACAAAUCUGUUUUUUGUGUUUGGUUACUUACAUUUAAGGAUUAUUUUAUUAAAAAGUUAUAUAAAAACAAUAUAAUUUCUGUUGUAAUUAAUUUAUUUAAAAAAUGUAGAGUAGAAAAAAUAUUGCGAGUUUCACUCAACAUAAUUAAAAAUAUAAUGCACAUGGACGAUUGUUUUGAAAUUAUUGUUGAUAACAACAUAAUUCAAACAAUGACCGUUCUACAGUAUGAUAAAUGGAGGGACAACGAUAUUUAUGACACCAUUGUGCAGCUUUUGCACAAAUUGGAUCAGAGAGUUAAAAAUUACAGCAAUUUUGAGAGAUAUUGUCACGAACUUUCAAAAGGGAAAUUAAAGUGGUCUAUUUUGCAUACAGAAAAAUUUUGGCUAGAAAAUGUUAUGCAAUUCGAGAAAGAUGAAUUUAAAGCUAUACAACAAUUAGCAGAUAUAAUAAAAAGUUAUGCUCAUACAAUUGUACAGAAAAAUGAGUCAACAGAACUGAAAGAGGAAGUAGAUGGGGUUACUGUGGCAGUGGCUUGUUUUGACAUUGGUGAAUUUGCUAGACUCUAUCCAAAUGGGAAAAAAAUUUGUCAAAAGUUUAAAAUAAAAGAAAAUGUUAUGAUUUUAAUUGCCACCAAAGACAGAGAUAUUGUAAGAGAAGCUCUUCUCUGUGCACAAAAAAUUAUGUUGAACAACUGGCAGAGUAUAUCGAACACGAAAUGA